GUUACCUACACGUCCUGGAUACUCCAGUUUCACUGUUGAGAAACAUCAUCAUAGUAACCCGGGAAAGGCGACCUCGGAGGCGGGUGGCGACAUUUCUUUGAAGGAAUCUCACAGCGAAACACGGGAGACGUUGUUCUCUGGACUAACUCUGAGGCGAUGGGUGAAUGUAGAAAAAAGUUGCUGGCUUAGUUGGCAAAACUGCUAACUGACAUUGGUUUUCCACAUCGUUAGCUGAUGCUAACGUUAGCAAACAUACAGCUGAACGAAACUGAAGAAGUCGCCCGGAGAACUUUGGAUUUUCUUAUCAUGAGGAUAUCGACAUAAAUGCGGACAUCUAGACACACCGGAUCGUUUCACUGAAGGUGAGUGGGAGAGAUGAGGAGCAGCAGGAGGACUGAGGCAUCUCUUAAAAGUUCUGCUCAGCACCUUUCUGAUCAUAAUGUUGGCACAGAGCUGACAGCUGCAUGGAAAAGUUUGGCUCAGUCCAAAGUUGCUUUGCGGCACAUAGAAAAUCGUAUACAAGCAGCUCCAGGAACAGGAGUUAUCCUGGACUCUGUCAUUGACUCUAACAAGAAGAAAUCCUCUAGGGCCCACCACAGAGAUGGACGACAAGUUGAUGACAUCAGAGGGUCUUCAAAGCCCAGAGGUCGAAGUCAGCAGAGCCCAGAAAAGAGCAGCUCACGUAGCCCCUUGAGAAAUACCACCCAGGACAGAAAUGUCAGAAGAAACAACAGCGUGGAAUUCAGGGAACCGCUGGCCUCAUACAGAGAGGCCACCCCACCACCCCAUCCUUCCUCUCAGCCAGAGGCCUACAGUCAGAAGUCGGUGCCAGCGUCUUUGUCCCCAUCCUCUCCCCCCCACUCAGAUUCUCUGCCCAGCCAGCUGGUCUACCAGAAACACACCACAGACAAGGAGGCUGACAAGGACCUAGACAGCACACGCUCCUCAGGUCGGGAGAGCACUGAGGUGCGCUACCUCAAUGACCAGCCAGCCCUGGAUAGCAUAAGGACUAAGGAAAGCAGCCCCAAAGCACAAGUUGGCAUGGAUAGCCAACAGUCAAGCCCAUGUAUUGCUUCCACCCCGGGCUCUUUUCGACAAGAGGACAGCACGCCAUCCACCAGCCCUGGUUCAGCUUCCCAGCGGUUGGAAAACCUAAGACGACAUCAACCCGACAACAAGCUGGAGAAACUCAAAGAGCGUAUUCGAAGGCAGAGACAACAUCUGGAGGAGGCUGCAGAGAGGGAGAAGCUGAUGGGCAAUCUGGAACAGCCUUUAGCUGCAUUUGUUGAGACUAAUGAUGCCGGUACAAGCAACAAGCCGACAGCCAAAAUACGCAAAGUAGCAGCUGCACCACCUGCUCCCAUAUACAAAGGUUUCAACAGUACAGAGACAAAGAUCCGGACUCCUGAUGGGAAAGUUUGGAAGGAAGAGGACUUCCAUAACCUCAGCAGAGAACUUUACAGAGACCUGUCAAAGCAGUUUGCGGAGAGCACCAGACACAGGCACCAACAGCAGAGGGAACAGAGAGCAGACAGGUCCAAAGAGAGGAGGCCUCCCAAAACCAUUAGGAAGGUCCACAGAGCUGCCCCUGCCUCUGACCUAAAUCCAAAACCAGCGAUCAGCCCUGCAUCAUGGCGAGAGGGCCAGAAGCUGGUGAAGAUGGUACUAGGUCCAGUUCCUCAGCUGCCCAGAGAGGAGGACAGUCCACAUGCGGCUGACUUAUUGAGCCGAACAGAUUCCCGCCACCGCUCAGAUCUACGCUCAGAAUCAAAGCGACGAUCGCGUCCAAACAGCACAGAGCGGCCGUGCAGUGGAUUUCAGGGACAAUCACAAAGCCACCUCACACCAACAUCUAUCCCUCAGGACAAGGUUCCAGGAGGGUUAAGCUCAGACUUGUUGUCAGCAGACAUCCAGGGAAUACUGGAUGACCUUCAGCUGGAGUGCAAAGCAGCCGAGCGGGACGAGAGGGCCCGAAAAAGGUCCCGGGGUAGCAGCAGUGGUAGGAGAGGGGGCUCAGGGUCACGAACAAGGACGCCCGUCUCUACUUGGGGAACUACUGCGGCAGCAAACAGCUCAUCGAGAGCUUGUCGCAGUGCCAGCCCCACUACACAUCGUCCAGAAACGACCAACAUAACUGACGCAAAGCACAAGAAAAGGCACUAUGAUGCAGAUACAGUACGCCAGUACAUCGCCCGGCAACAAGAAGAGAGAAAAAGGCGUCAGGCGGACGAGAAGAAGGCGAUGAGGGAGGAAUCGGAGAGGAGACACCAGAGACUGCAGGAGCUCUACAGGAAGCAAAGAGAGGUUGCUAGAACUGUGGCAAUCCCCACUGAGACUCCUGUGGCCCCUGUACAAAAGCGACUACAAGAGACCUACAACAAACUGCUGAUGGAGGAGGCCCAGCUGGGCGAAGGGGCCAUGCAGACACUCCCUGCAGUUCCUUCUACUCAGCUGAGACCGAUGUACCAGCCCUCGGGAGAGUCGGACAAAGAGAACAAACGACUAGAGGCACCCCAGAGCCCAUCAAGCAGUGAUAGGUCUUUGAAUGAUCAUCCACCACCUCCUUUAACUAGGGUUGAUCUUGAUCUUGGAGUUGCGCCUUUGCCUCAUCAAGAACGUUUGUACCCACCUGCUAGACCUUUGACUGGACCCAGCAGCACUGCUCAAGGAUCAGACGACGACCGUCUCUUCUCUCAACUCUUAAGAAUAGAGGCAGAAGUGGCUGCUAGUAACAGCAUGAAAACCCCGCGACCAGCCACAGCCCCUUCCGGCAGGUCCCGGUCCAAAAUGUCCCGCAUCGAAGCCAUCAAGGCCACGGCUGCAUCCCUCUCUAACCGCAUAGAAAGUGAGGCACGGAAGCUUGCUGGGGAAGGCAUCAACUACGGUAAUGCAACAUCAAUGGAUAUGGAUACUGUUUUAGUGCCGAGGCCCUCUGUUGUUGUCGAUGGAUGGGCAGGAACGGCAGCACGUGACACAGAAAAAGAUAACAUGGCUCUGAGGAUCCAGAAGAUUUUGACUACCACAAAUUAUAGUUCAUACAAUGGCACAGCUCUCCCAGGAGCAGGCAGUCUGCAUUCCUUCAGGGAGCAGAAGCUGAAGAAUGGUAAACAGACUUCUGUUGAUGUAAUCGAUCCCAUCUUUAACAGUUACACACAAGAGAGGGGGAAGCUAGUCAAUGGAUUGGAGAAGGAAUCAAGAAUGAAUAAAAUAUCAGAAAGGAAACAAAUCACGGACGAGGGGGAGAACAGGACAGAUCUCCAUGAUUCGAGUGGUGGAUCUAUUAGUGAGGGUCCUCUUCUGAGUGAAGGGAGUUUUUCUGAGGAUGAGCAAAGUCCUCCUCGCCCCUCUAGAUAUAAUUAUGUACCUAGACCAGCAGAUCGCCUGGAAGCGGCGGACUACUGUGCACGUCAAAGAAAGGAUUACCAGCGACUGAUGGAGUUCCAGCGGGAAGCAGAGAAAUGCUCAGGCCUCGGCUUAUCCUUUGCACAGCAGGACCGGGACAACGCAGUUUGGGAAGAGCUGAACAAAGGAAGCCCUCUGAGUGUAAUCAACAUCUUCACUAAAAACCAUCACAGCCACAUUAAAGUGAGUGAUAGAAAUGUGGAGAGGAAUUCUCCCUCCGCCCAUUCUGCGGCCUCUGGAAAUGGACCUGGAGACGCAGCAGUCUAUGAAGAUGACUUUGUAUCGUCACACAGCAGCAAAGCCAGUGGGCAAAUAAAGAGAAGCUCCAAUUCCCCCAGUGUGAAUAAUCACUUUGAAGAACUGAUGAGGAGGUCGCCUUAUGAAAAAAGCACAGAUUGCAGUCACUCCCACCAUUCAUCCUUUCAGUCAUCCAAUCACUCGCAGCAUCUUUCCUCUGGCUCAACACCUGCUUCCUCGCCCCUCUCCAGGCACUCUGCCAGAAAAAGAGGAACAGUCUCAGAUCAGAGUGACAACACUCUUGUAGAGGAGCAGAGGAGCUCUUGCUCUCCACCCUCGGAAGCACUAUCGUCUGAAUCCAGAAAGGGAGGCUCGGACAAAAACUCUUCCCACACCCAGGCCAAGAGUGUCCACUCUAAUGACACACUAGGGGAAGCUUCAGGCCAUUCUCACCAACAGUCCAGAUUGGUUUCCUCUACUAGUUCUCCAAUCCCCCGGUCUCCUCCAACAGUAGAAUCUCCCAAUGAGCUUUUGAGAAAUGCGUCCAACCAGAACACAGGCACCAAGUCCACUGGUGAACUACAGUAUUCACCUGGUGUCCUGCAGCAGCGUAUGGCAGCAGAACUCCAUUAUUUGGACUCAAUUGAGGAGUCAUUCAGACAGUUGGGGGAUGUGGAAAGGUUAAUGGGUGUGUCCAUGGCACAGCAGGAGAGUGCAUCAUUGGCCCAAAUGCUCAAGGCCAAGCAGCAGCGCCAUGAACGUGAGCUCUAUGAGCUGAAGAUCAAGGCCGAACGAGAAGCUCUUGAGACAAAACUACAGCUGGAAGAAAACAGGCAGAGAGUGGCCAGGGCUCAUAUAGAACUGCAGGAAACCUUGGCAGCAUCUCAAAAAAAGACUUUGGGAGGCCUCCAGGAAUCAACUACUAAGAUGAUGACUCAACAGGCCGAGGCAGCGCAGUACACAGCCGACGCUGCCCGACACAUCAAAGAGAUGACAGAACUAGUCCGGUCGCAGAUGUCAGGAUCUGUGGUUGUCCCUCCUGUUGCCACUGAUUCCUCCACAGUGGAGCAAAGAAAAGAAAAUGACACUUACUCGAUGGAGCACCGACAGGAUAACGUAGACUCUGACAGCUUUCAGAGCGAACCAUCAAACAGAAGGACCAGGUCAGAGGAGCCGCUGUCUUCACUGAGCGCGAGUCAUUCUGACUCACUAUCAUUCAGGAAACCGAAUCUCAGUGGAUCUGCCUUAAGCAGCCAACACAGCCCAUCACAUCACUUAUCAAACCAUGAGAAGCAGAUGAAAAAAGAGGCCAUAGAGGGGAAAUGGAGGAAUAGUGGACUCGAGAAAAGGCCAAAACAGGAAGCAGCCAGCAGCUCCAUAGAAGAGGAAGUUCUAGCAGCAGCAGCAAAUGACUCCAUCUGCAGCGACAGUAUUCCAUCUGUAAUAGAUGAAAAAGGAGACAGUACAUCAGUGGCCACAGAGUACUCGCUCAAGUUUGACGAGUCCAUGACAGAAGACGAGAUAGAAGAGCGUUCCUUCCGCUCUCUUCUGCCAUCGGAGGCACAUCGCCGGGGAACCAUGGAGAAAAAAUCCCGCCACCACGAGGAGUCAGAGGAUGAUGGAGCCAAUCACAGCGCAUUGGUUUCAGGACCAGGGCUGCACAAUUCUUUUAAGUCACAGGACUCAAACAUAGCCUUCUCUGGUGGACAGGACAGCUUUUCCCAGUUCACCAUGGACAUGGUUCGCCAGUACAUGAAAGAUGAGGAGGUGAGACUGCAGCACCAGAGCUCUCUGCUGCGUCUUCGCCAGAAAGCGCUCAAGGAGAAGACCAGAACAGAGCUGGCCUGGCUGGAGCACCUGAAGAAGAAGCUGAGAGAUAAGGGAGAGGAUGACAAAAUGCCACCAAUCAGGAAGAAGCAGAGAGGCCUUCUCUUAAAGCUACAGCAGGAGCAGGCUGAGAUCAGGCGGCUUCAGGAGGCCAACAAAGCUGCGAGGAAGGAAAGGCAGCUGUUGCUGAAACAGCAGGAGGAGAUUGAACGGAUGAGAAACUCAACACUCAGGCUGAAGGAACGUCUCAAGUGUGCUGGGAUUGAAGCGCCUCCUGAGACCCCGGUGUCAGAAACCCCAGGGUCUGAGCCAGCCUCACCAGAUAUGAGGCAUGCCGAUGAUAACCGCAGCCCCUCUCCCUCACUCUCCGUCUCUGGAAGUGAGACCAGCAGCAUCAUGCAGAAGCUCAAGAAGAUGCGCUCUCACAUGGAUGAAAAACACUGUUCUCCUGUCCACUGCUUCUUCUCUGUGUUCACGGCCCAUCACUGGGCCUCCCUCAGUGUCUGUCUUCCCAACCUUCACCCUAAAUUCAGGCUCUUUAUCUACAACCAGUUGGUCAGGUACUGUACAGUGUUCUCUACCUAUGCACCUAGCCCUGCCCUGCCCUGCCUCGACUCCACCCCCACCCCAUGGAACAUGCUUGUGUUUGUCCACUGGCACUGGGACCUUGAGGAUGUUAGCGAGGGCGACUGUUCGUCAGUGACACCUGAGUCCAGUAUACACACGGAGGGACCGGCUCCACCUGCCUCAGUCUCUGAAAUAACUUUGGCCUCUGUCCAGGGCGGCCCUGCAAAUUACACCCAGGACUUCACUUCAGCAUCACAGUCACCUACAAGUCAACUGCAUUCUAAUGCUCCUGAAGGCAGCCACAGCCCUGCUGCAUCUCCUUCAGAGGGCAGCAGUAAAACAAAGAUGCAGCUCCGCUCCACCUCCCGGACACUUAUCCGCCCCUGCACUCAGCCCACCGACCCUCCAAUGGCCACACAGUCUGAAACCAUUUCAGACCAGAGUGACAUAGAGAGCCGUAUCAAGGCGCUCAAGGAAGAACUCAAGAAACGUAAGUUAAUGGCCUCCCAGCUAAAGAAGGAGCAGAAGAAGCGACAUAAGGAGCGGCUGAAGGCAGAGGAGGCGAGUCUAUUGAAACAGCUGGAGAACUAUAACAACUUCAUUGAGAAAACUAAGGCAGACCUUAACAAAGAGCCAGACUUAACACUUGAUACCAACUCCCAGAUCAACGAGUCCAACUCUGUUUUAGAGCAUCUUCCAUCUUCACACAGGUCUGAACUCGUCAAAAUCUCAGAGUCUGAAAGGACACAAAUUGAUGCAUCAUUAGAUCAUCAUGCCUUUCCUAAGCCACAUCUAAGUAGAUCCACUUCAGUGCCUGGAGACGUGUCUGCUGAGACGCCUCAAAGAGUCACUCCGGGUGUGGCGAUAUCCGGCAGCCCAGAGAGUCCAACCUCAGGACAGAGCAAUCAUCAGUCUACAGAAGAUCUUAUUAGGCAGCACUCCACAGAAGACAAGUCAGAAUAUGCAGAUGAGAAUAUUGUGUCUGAUUAUAGAUCUGAUAUUCAGGAAGAGCUGGAGGUGGAAAUAAGCUCCAGAGUUGAGGAUGAACAAACUCAGCAUCUUCUAAAACUGGAAAAUGAAGACAGACUUGACUCUCGGGAGAGGUUGCCUACAUCCAAAUGUGUUUCCUCUUCUGUGGAUGAAGAACAACAACAUUCAUCAACUGUUGGCCUUGAACAGGGAAAUCAGAUGAAGCAGAGUGAAGUAUCUGAUGUAGAGGAACCUUUACAGCCAUACGUUAUUGCCUCUAGUCAGCCGCAUUCAGCGGUAGCGGACCUCAAAACCUCAGCGCAUCAAAACUACGGCUCUGCAUCUGUUGACCAGUCCCCAUCCCCAAACUCAGAUGCUUUUGGUUCAAUGAAGGAGGCUUCCAUAAAAGACACCGAGGCUUCUCCAGUAGCAGAUGGUUAUCACGAUGACUUUGAGUCAUCAGUGGAUUCUUCAUCCAAGGAAGAGCAUCAUAGUUCCAAGGCUGAGUCUCAAACCUCCCACGUUUCCUCCCACGAAAUCAAGGGUUCAAGAAAAGACGCAUCUAGCAGGGGCCUGGCAUUUGACAGCACGGAUGAAGUUGUAGAGGAAGAAAUAGCUGAAGAUCUGAGUCACCAUUCUGGCAUCAGUGUGCCUAGCCAUAAAUCUGGAAGACUGCUGGAUCUCAAUAAGCAGGCAGUAGAUUUUAAACGGGACAAUGAGAGCUUUGAUUCCAGACACUCACCAACCAUCUAUUCUCUGCAGGUCCCCCUCUCUCCUGUUAUAGAUGAAAUGCCGGAUUUUUACAUCGGAGACCGAGUUCUUGUUGGUGGCGUUCAGCCCGGCACUUUGCGAUUCAAAGGUCCAACCAGCUUCGCCAAUGGUUUCUGGGCAGGUGUUGAGCUGGACAAGUCUGAAGGGAGCAACAACGGCACUUACGAUGGAGUCGUAUACUUUGAGUGUGACGAGCGCCAUGGUAUAUUCGCUCCACCAGACAAAAUCACACAUCUCCCGGACAAGUUUGAGCUCUACACCGAUACCACAGAAGAUGAGGACUCGUUCUUUGACGACUUGUCAGAUAAAGAUAGAAAUGAACCUAAAACAAAGGAAGACAAUUUCCAAAUGCAAGAAAAUCUCAACAGGGAGAAUGAACAGACCUCUCAGAAGGAGACUGGGUCAAAUGAUAAGAAGGAAACUGAUGGCUCUUGGUGGUCGGUGCUGAAAGCCUCUGUGUCUGAAACAUUUGAGAGUCCAGUGUUAGGAGCCAUUGGUCAAGAAGAGCUGGCCAAGCGUCUAGCAGAGCUGGAACUGAGCCGCGAACUGCUCGAUGACCUCGGUGAUGAUCAGGACUGGUUUGAUGAAGACUUUGGCCUUAGCUCCCGCAGGAAACAGCAGAAACUCAAAGAGGAAGAGGCGCGACUGGGAGCGGGAUUUGGGAGAUCUAGCUCAUCAGCUGGCCCAGCUGUGGGGGAAAUGGGUUCGUCAUCAGGUGGAGAACCCCAGGUAAAGACGCCACCUAGACCGGAGCUGCCUCUCCCCUUGCCUCCUAAACUACCUGAGCAGCCUGCCAUGGUGGUACCCCACUCAGCUGUAGAGGUGGAGAAGAUGGUCCAUGCUGCCACACGGGAGCUCUGGGACAGCUUUGACCUCGGGAACAAGGGAACACUCACUCAUGGGCAGCUGCCAAGUCCACAACCUUCACUAGAAUACCUUGGUAAAGAGGACAGCACCCAGAACCAGGAGUCACUGUCCAUUCGCAGCUACAGAAAGGCUGUGUAUGACUUAACGUGGGAGAUCCUUCAGGAGAUCUAUGCUGAAGACCCCAAUACUAAUCAGCCUCAGUGGGUCAAACCGCGUCGAGUCAAGUCCUCUUCAUUUCACAAAGUCAGGACACCGGGAGACGUCAAGAAGAUCCAGGAGUUCAUCACAGAAGAAGUACUGAAGCUUUACGGUCUGACAAAAGACCAGAACCAGAAGAACGACUGGCAGAAGAUGCUCAAGUUCGGAAGAAAGAAGCGGGACAGAGUCGAUCACAUACUGGUUCAGGAACUCCACGAGGAGGAGGCCCAGUGGGUCAACUACGACGAGGACGAGCUGUUUGUCAAAAUGCAGCUAGCAGACAGCAUCUUCGAUUCGUUACUUAAGGACACAGUGAAUGUGCUCACACUCAUUUCUGACAGGAGAGCCAACAGAGACACGCUCUCCUGAUGACUUUCUGCUUGGGUUUGAACUCCAACUUCGAGCUCAACCCCGCUCUUUCCCCACCACGGUGAACUCCAGCCAACCUGUCGCUGCUCGGGCUUCCACCAGCUGAUGUGCCAACAGCAACCCUCUGAUGCCUUCAGUCUCAGUAUUACCUCGCAGCUAAACAAAUCGUCCUUAGUUCUCCGACAUUCAUUCGCUGAAUCGCGUCAGCUGACUGUAAUAGCGACAAUGGUCGCGCUCAAAACGCCUCUCGAGCGAUCCCGCCCUCGAAAACCUUAACACGAGCCUGAGCUCCCGCCUGGACCGGCCGUUUUGCAGACUGUCGAUGAUGAUGAUGAUGAGAUGGACUGUGCCAUUUGCAAGCAUGCGAAGGUCCACGAAUGCUGCUAAGUGAUCGUUCUGUCGUGGACUUUGGAAUAACAUCCACUCAGAACAGUAGUAGAUAAUUCUUUUGAAUUGUUCAGUCUUUAGGUAAAUGUGUAUAUAUGUGGAUUCAAAAAUUGUAAUAGAACAACAAAUGAGCAAUAUAACGUGCAGUCUGAUUUGACAGUGAUACAUUAUAGCCUUGGCUUUGUAAUGCAGCACAUGUACCAACUCUAAGCUUUAAUUUGAAGGUUUCACAUCCAUACCCAGUGAUCUGGGGGGUAAUCGUAGCUCUUUUUAUUCACAGUCCUCUGUAAGUUUGCCUUAACCGCUGUAGCUCUUGCUUGUUUACGGGGACUUUUAGGUCACUUUCUGGUCUUUGGCAAAUACAGCACCUCCUUAGUUGGCAUUGGGUCAAGUGAUUUGCCUACCAGUGAUGAUAAAAUUCAACUCUUUGGCUCACAAAGCUCACGGUUUGCUUUGACCGCAAGUUUACUAAAGGCUCGCUCCACGUUCUGUCUAUGAAAAAGUAUUUCAGCCAAUCAAGCAGCUUUAAAGCAGAGAGUUGGGACUUUAAAUAGUCAGUGCUGUAUUACAAAUCUAGAGUUGCAACACUUGGUCUCUGAUCAGAUCUGGACAGACUUUGCUGUGUCGGACCGCUGAGUUCAAAGAGUCGAUGAAACAUGUUUGCUUCCUUAGUUAUUUAUUGCGUGAAAAUGUUUAAUUAGAGGCACAAAGAACAUUCAGAAUUGUAAAUGAUCUUGUAAGUAAACGUACAGAGAAGAGCUCCUUUAAACUUUGUGUAAAGAAAGUCUAACAUUGUUGUAAAAGCACAAAUAAAAAAUGUGAAUAUGGCAAUACAUUAGGGAGGAGAAUCCAGGCAAAGAAGAUGGAGAAAUGUGUUUUAAAUGUUUAGUCGUUCUCUUAAUAAUCGAUUGAAACUGUUUGACUUUUUUAUUGUGGCCACAGCUGUCCAGUUGGUCGACACAGUGCGUUCCUCUUCUGUAUGCUAACCUUAGGAAGCGUGUUGACAUUGUAGCACAGUGUUGACCACACAGAGAAACCUUAUCAGCUGGUUUCUCUGUGUGGUAGGUGUGAACGCAACCGACACUUUAGUGUGUAGCACGAAAACAGAAGAGAAACAGCUGCAGUAGGCUGAUGUUUCGGGACAGUACUGAAUGCUGGAUUUGAGCCUCAGCUAUCCUACAU